GCUGGCCCCGCCCCGCGCGGGGAGGGGGUUCGGGGGGGCGGCGGGGGCGCGGGGCUCGCGCUGCGCCCGCGGGCGGCACAUGCCGAGGGCCGGGGCACGGCGGGCCGCGGCGGGCCAGGGCCGGCGCAGCGGGCGCCCAUGGAGGAGGCGGGCGGGUGCCCGGGCCGGACGCCGGGGCCCUUUGGGGUGCCGCCGCCCUGGGAGCGUCCGGGGCCCCUGGGCGACCUGGAGUUCGUCGACCUGGACGAGUUCCUGCGGGAGCACGGGCUGCCCGGCAGCCCCCCCGAGCGCCCCCCCGCGGUGCCGCCCCGCGCGGGCGCCGGAGCCGGAGCCGGAGCCGGAGCCGGAGCCGGGGAGGUGCCGGAGGCCGCGGGGCUGCUGAGCCCGGGGGGGCCGGGGGGGCCGGAGGCCUUCGACCCGCGGCGGCGCCGCUUCUCCCAGGAGGAGCUGCGGCCCCAGCCCGUCGCCAGGAAGGCCCGCAAGAUCCACGUGCCCGAGGAGCAGAAGGACGAGAAGUACUGGAGCCGGCGCUCCAAGAACAACGCGGCGGCGAAGCGGUCGCGCGACGCCCGGCGCCUCAAGGAGAACCAGAUCUCGGUGCGCGCCGCCUUCCUGGAGCGGGAGAACGCGCUGCUGCGGCAGGAGGUGCUGGCGGCGCGGCAGGAGCUGGGCCGCUACCGGGCGCUGCUGGCCCGCUACGAGGCCCGGCACGGCGCCCUCUGAGCC